AUGUCGACCGAUUCUGCCAUUUCAAUUGCAUGGGAUGUUUUGAAGUGCUUAGUUGCUCCCCUCAAGCGUGGAUUCAGCUACGUCAUGUCCUCCAAGAGCUACGCCGACAAUCUUCGGAAGGAAGUCGGGAAUCUGGAGUACGAGGCUGAGAGGAUCCGCCAUGCCGCGGAAGGGGCCGAAAACAAUCUACGAAGUAUCCACGGAUGGGUCCCGGAGUUUCUGGCAAGUGCUGAGAAGGCCUUGAUAGAGGCGAGAGACCUGUUGGGCAAAUUCGAAAAGGCGAGCAAGACUUGCUGCCACGGGACUCUUCCCGACCCCAAUUGUCGCUAUCAGUUCAGCAGGAAGGCCAAGCACGAGACCGACGACAUUAAGAAUCUCAUUUUGAAAAACAGUAACAGGGAGAUCUCCUUCAGCGGUCCUGCUCCUGGUAAUGUCGCUGCUCUAAUUCCAGCUGGGAGAGAAGGCAAAGAUGUCGUCCAGUCGACCACCACAGCGGCCUCCGCUUCUUCUGUCGACUUCGAAUCCAGAGAUUUGAUGAUACGGAACAUCAUGGACGCUCUUGUGGAUAACCGCUAUAGCGUGGUCGGGGUUCACGGGAUGGGCGGGGUCGGCAAGUCCACCCUUUUGGUGGAUGCCGAGAAGAGAAUAAGGGAAAAGAAGUUGUUUGAUUGGGUUGCUAAGGCCGAUGUGUCGCAAAAUCCAGAUAUCAAGAGGAUUCAAGGAGAGAUUGCGCACGAGUUGGGCCUGGACUUCAAGAAGGAGGAGUUUGUCAGCGUGCGCGCGAAGCUUCUGUGCGAGAGGUUGGAAGCUGAGGGGAAGACAAAAAAGGUCCUCAUAAUACUGGACAAUCUGUGGGAGCAGCUCGACUUGAAAUCAGUCGGCAUUCCUUGCGGACAUAACAACAAAGUUAUGGGGUGCAAGUUAUUGUUGACGUCAAGAGAUCAACGUGUUCUGCGAAGGGAAAUGCACUGUGACAAUGCCUUCGUCCUUUAUGGGCUGGAAAACGAAGAGGCAAAAAGACUGUUUGAGACGGAGGUGGGAGGCAAAGUUCAAGUUGAGUUAGAACCCUUGGUGGAGGAAGCACUCUCCAUAUGUGCAGGUUUGCCUUUUCUAAUUCUCGCAAUAGCGAAACUUUUUAUAGACACUAGUUACUCUGAGUGUAAGGAUGCUUUGAAACAAAUCUGGAACGAAGAAACCGGUGAGGUGAUAAAUAAGACGUUGCGAGUAAGUUAUGAUCGUAUAAAACGCGAGGAGGCGAAGUCAUUGUUACGACUUUGUGUUGCUUGUGGUGUCUCUAAGCCAUCUCUUGAAUACUUGGUGAGGUACGGCAUGGGUUUGAGGUUAUUUCGAGAAGCUAGCAGCAUGGAAGAAGCUAGAGAAAGGUUGGGCUCACUGAUCCAUACUCUGAAAGCCUCCUCUCUUUUGUUAGAAGAUGAAGAUGGUAAUGGUUUCAAGAUUCAUGACUUGGUUUGUGGGUUUGUUAUCUCAAUUGCUUCAAGGGACCACCCUCUUCUCAUUUUGAAAGAUAACAAUAAGUUGUUGACAGAGUUGUCAAAGGAUAAGCUCAAAAGUUGUGAGGCAAUAUGCUUUCCUUAUGUUAAAUUGGAGAAGCUUCCUGAAGAAUUAGAUUGCCCUGAAUUGCAGAUCUUUAUGUUGUUCACAAAAAAUAAUUUUCUUGAGGUCUCAGAUUCAUAUUUCAACUCUAUGAGAAAUCUCAUAGUCUUAAAUCUUAAUGGGAUACGUCUCAAUCGUUCGCCUUCGCCGUUUCAAUUCUUGGAGAACUUAUACACUCUGUGUCUCGAUCGUUCUUCGUUAGAAGAUGUGGCCGUUCUUGGCAAGCUAAAAGGUUUACAAAUUCUCAGCCUUAUGAACUCCGAAAUUCAGCGAUUGUCAAAAGAAAUUGGGCAAUUGGUAGAGCUGAGGUUAUUGGACUUGAAUCAUUGUUCAAAUCUUCAGGGAAUUGUAGAAGUUGAUGAGAGUGGCAAAUUUGAGAUGCGUAAUAUGCAUGUAUUGAAAUUGCAUUCCUUGCCACAUAUCAAGAACUUUUUCAUUGCCAAGUCGGCUCCUUUGAGUAGUACAUCAAACAACCUGGUUGGCACUCAAAUUGCAUUCUUCAAUGGACAACAGUGUUUGGGGCUUUUAACUUUCGCCAUUGUUCUCAUUGGACACAUGGCCAUGGAUAUCAGUUGA